AUGAAUCGCAGCCAUGAAGAAACUGUGAAGAAAAUCAGUGUGGUGAAUCUUGAUAAACUUUUAGAUGACUUCUCAGAGAUAGAAAGGAAAAUAACAGAAAUUAAUGAAGCAAAUAACCUACUGGUUCUUCAAGUGGAAAAAUGUAACAGAUUGUUGACAUUAAGCCAGUCAAAGGAGGAAUCAGUAAAAGAAGAAUGUACUACUCUACAGAAUGUGAUAAAGGGUCUAACACAAACUAUUGAAAACCAGUGUAACGUGAAAGAUGAAAAUGAUAGGCUGAAGGGUACUAUUCACAUCUUGGAAGAGAAAUUGAAGUCUUGUGAACAGGAAUAUAAAGAUCAGAUUGAGAAACUUAUGAUAGAACUUAAAAACAAAGAAGAAGACCACAAAUUAGAAAUAACACAGCUGAACUGUGAUGUAAGAAAAAAAUUUGAAGUAAAAGAAGAGGAGUACAGAGAACAGAAAGAGAAAAAAGAACUGGAAAUACUAGAGCUAACUAGACAGCUGAAAAUGCAAAAUGAAGAGAAGCAAAAUGAAAUAAUUAAAUUGCAGAUAGAG